ACCAGGUCCUUGACGUAGCCGAAACAAUAUCCCGCGGUCGUAAUCUGCUCGGGAUGUGGAGAUCUGGGGUGCAGAUGCGGAGAAUCUGGGGAAGAUGGAAAGCUGGCUAGCCCAGGACAACGUCAACCAGACCUCACCCGAACUCAUUCAAAACAUCAGCGCAUUGUCCAUCCAAACAGCAGCUACUGGGUAUUGACAAACCCACCCUUAGAGUGACCAUACUUGUCACUACGGUGGUCAGAGCCGAAGUCAUGUCAUCACAGACGACCCAUCAAAAAGACGCCAUGAGCACCAUCGAGGACAUCGAAGCGAGCCAGGAAAUUGAGCAUCACCGGGCGCGUGGGACUGUGAAGCUCCUGGAUGACAAUACAGUCAUUCUCAUUCCAACUCCAAGCCCCGAUCCUAAAGAUCCACUAAACCUACCUAAAUGGCACAAGUUCACAAUUGUUUUCAUUGUAGCAGUCUAUGGCGCCUUCUCUGUCCUCUGCACCUCAGCUUUGGGGGCUGUUGCACCGGUCCUUAUACAUUUGUACCCUCCAGAGGACGCAGAAAGAGCCACGGACCUCCUGACGUAUCCGACUUUGUUCAUGGGCAUCGGUAACUUGAUAUCGAUGCCUUUAUGUGAAGCUAUUGGCCGACGGCCAGUCUUCCUGGCAACUUUGGUGCUUUGCAUUGCAUCUUCCAUCUGGUGUGCAAACGCGAAGACGCUCAGCAGUCAUAUUGCUGGGCGUAAUGUGUUCAGUCUGGCUGCGGGACAGAGCGAGGCAUUGGCACCCAUGAUCGUCCAGGAGAUAUUCUUCCUCCAUGAACGCGGCCGAGGUCUUGCGUGGUUUGUCGGUAUCGAAAAUGUCAUUGUCGCAGUCAUGUUCUAUGCCACUACAGUCAUCAUACCAAACCCACAAUUGGGGUUGAAGUGGUGGUAUGGAAUUAUCGCAAUCAUCAACGCGGCACUACUUACCCUUGCAUACGUUUUUCUUUAUGAAUCGAAGUACAACCGGCCGUCCGAUGCUGAAUCGGGAGAAGUGCAUCUGAGAUUCAAUGACAACGGAGAAGUUGACAAGCAAGGACAACAAGAGGCCAUAUUCCGUGUCACGACAGCUCAGACCCAUCGAAUUGACGAGGGUACUUGGGGGCCGCGUACUUGGAAACAUUCUUUGAAAUUGAUCAGUAACAAACCUAACUGGUGGGCGACAGUUCGUUUUUACAAGGAAACCGGACAGGGCCUUCUGAUUCCCACUCUCUUAUGGCUUUUAUUACUCAACGGAGCAUACCUUGGAGUGUACGUCUACCAUGCGUCGACAUUCGCUCAAAUUCUCGCACAGCCACCCUACCUAUUCAAAAACCAAUGGCUUGGACUUAUACAAUUGAGCCAGGUUGUGGCUGCGACGCUGGUAGUACCUCUCCUAGGAUACGGCUCUGACAUCAUCGUCAAAAUGAUGAGUCGAAGGCACAAAGGAGUAUACGAACCAGAAUUCCGCCUCAUCAGCCUGGCUGUGCCUGUUGCAUUGAUGAUCAUGGCGUGCGUCAUCUACGGCCGUGCAGCAGAGGAGCAUUGGCAUUGGGCGGCCAUCGCACUUACGUAUCAUAUUGGGUUCUUUGCUUUCAAUGGGGCUAAUCUGGUUGCCAUCACCUACCUGGUCGACUCGUUUCCAAGCAAAGCAGGUCCUCUGCUCCUACUGGUAUGCGCAGGACGAGGCUUUAUCUCUUUCGGAUUGAGUUACUCAACUGUGCCCGCAGUCCAGGUACUUGGAUACAAAACCUCCAUGAACAUUUUUGCCAUCGUUUGCGGUGUCCUUGGCGGCAUUGCAAUCCCAGCAUACUUCUUUGGCAAGAGAGUUCGAGAGACCGCUACCAGACUCAUUUGGAAGCUCUGAAGGGGGAGUUUAGUUAAUUCUAGUUUGCACAAUCUGUAGGGUUGAACUAACAACUUUGUCAUCGAAGGAUUCUGAUGUAGGAUAGAUACUCUGAGUAAGAGCAUGUCUGUAAAUGAGUUCAAAGGCUUUAAGACUUUUCGUUUUAUAGAGGAAUCAUUUUGUCUUACGUCCAUCACUUCUAUGCAAUGGCUUUUCCAAGUUGUCGAUUAAUGACAGUUCUGGACAUCUAUAUACUGGAGAAAACUCAGAAAAGUGCUCACCAUUUCGUUCGUCU